AUGCUUGCAGAGGAGAAAUCUCAAAAGACAUACCCGACAGUUGCCGAGGUAUUGGACGAAGUAAAGAGAAUGACAGACAUAGGGUUGCCAAUAGCAGCCAUGAGCCUUGUGGGCUACAUAAAAAACAUGACCUUAGUUGUGUGCAUGGGAAGGUUGGGAAGCAUCGAGUUAGCUGGUGGUUCUUUGGCUAUUGGCUUCACCAACAUAACCGGUUACUCUGUCCUCUCAGGUCUAGCCAUGGGCAUGGAACCCCUAUGCAGCCAGGCCAUUGGUUUCCGAAACUUCUCCUUAGUCUCUCUCACUUUGCGCAGAACAAUUUUCAUGUUACUGCUAUUUUCUCUCCCCAUUUCUCUCUUGUGGCAUAACCUCGAAACCUUCAUGCUUUAUCUUCACCAAAACCCUGACAUAACCCAAGUAGCAAGCCUCUACUGUCGCUUCGCCAUCCCAGACCUCAUCGCUAAUAGCUUCCUCCACCCUCUUCGUAUCUAUUUACGCAGUAAAGGAACAACCUGGCCACUGUUAUGGUGCACGUUACUAUCCAUUCUUCUACACAUUCCCAUCAUCACUAUUUUAACUUUCAAACUUCACCUUGGUGUACCGGGAAUUGCUAUUUCAUCUUUUGUCACCAAUUUUAGCACCCUUUUUUUCCUUCUAUUAUACAUUUUCUAUACACGUGUCCCCAAGGAGUCUUUAUAUGUGCCAUUAUUAACACCUCGUCCCCUGUCACGAAAUUUAAUAACAAGUAACACUAUUGCUUCGGUAGGCAAAGAAUGGGGUGUGCUAAUGAAAUUGUCAAUACAAAGUUGUCUAGCUGUUUGCUUGGAAUGGUGGUGGUAUGAAUUCAUGACAAUUUCAGCAGGUUACCUUUAUAACCCUCGUGUUGCUCUAGCCACGGCUGGCAUAGUGAUACAAACAACCUCUCUUAUGUACACUUUGCCAGCAGCACUGAGUGCAUCAGUGUCCACAAGAGUAGGCAAUGAACUCGGGGCGGGGCAAGGUGAAAGGGCAAGGUUGUCAACAGUGGUAGCCAUAGGAUUAGCACUUGCAGGCUCAACUUUGGGUUUGUUGUGGACCACGGUGGGAAGGGAAAGGUGGGGGAGAGUGUUCACCAAUGAUAGUGAGGUGCUACAAUUGACCAUGGCUGUGUUACCCAUAAUUGGACUUUGUGAGCUAGCCAAUUGUCCACAAACCACAAGCUGUGGAAUCCUUAGAGGAAGUGCUAGGCCUGGUGUUGGUGCUGUUAUAAAUUUUUGUUCAUUUUACUUGGUGGGAGCACCAGUGGCAAUAGUCUUGGCCUUCGUUUGGAAACUAGGAAUGGUGGGUUUGUGUUAUGGGUUGCUGGCAGCGCAGAUCGCAUGUGUGGUGUCAAUUUUUGUUGUUGUAUACAAGACUGAUUGGGAAAGAGAGUCGUUGAAAGCCAGAAGCUUGGUGGGAAAGAGUUCAUGCGGCACAUUUCCACAUGCUGACCAAAUUACAAUGUGUGAAGAAGGUUUUGUCUUUCUCAAAGAGAACAACUCCGAAAAGUGA